AUUAGAAAUGAAGUUAACAACAACGGUAGCUAUUCUGCUCAGCCUCGGAGCUGUUGCCUAUUCACUGCCCAUCGAGUCCAAACCAUGGGCGCUGAUACCGGACGGUGCCGGUCGAUUCCACAUGAUCAACAUCGACCCCGCCAAUGUACCGCACGGAGAGGAUGAAUUCGAACCACUUUUCAAUCCGGAGCAGGACGUUGUUUUCCGUCUAUUCACCAGACGUAACCCGGUCCACGCACAUGUCCUGGACUGGUCCAAUCCUGCCUCGAUUAGCAAUUCAAACUUUGCCGCUUCAAAUCCCACUCGUUUCCUAAUCCAUGGAUGGAUCGAGGGUGAGGAUGCUACCCUGCAUUGGGUCAUCAAGGAUCACUAUCUGCGUGUUGGCGACUUCAACGUGAUUGCCGUCGAUUGGGGUGCAGGUGCACAGACCAUCAACUACAUUGCCGCGCGAAAUCGUGUUGGAGGUGUUGGCAUGAUUACUUCCCGGCUCAUCGAUGUGAUUAGGAGUACAACCGGACAGUCACGGGAUUUGAUCAACGUAAUUGGGUUCAGCUUGGGAGGCCACGCUGCUGGAAACACUGGUAAAGGACAAGGCGGUCAACUGAACUCGGUGAUUGCUCUGGAUCCCGCGGGUCCAUUAUUUUCGCAGGGACAAGCUGAUGCGUUAUCCGCGAGCGACGCUCUCUACACGGAAGCUAUCUACACCAAUGCUGGUCUGCUGGCGUUCGAUGCUCCUUUGUGUCACGCUAACUUCUACCCGAAUGGAGGUCGAUCCCAGCCGGGUUGUAUAACAUCGACCUGUGCUCACAACCGAGUCAAUGAACUGUUUGCCGAGUCGGUUUCCAGCAGUACACACUUCGUGUCGAUGCGCUGUGCCAACUACGACGAAAUUCUUAGUGGUCGUUGCACCUCCAGUGGACCGUAUGCCAACAUGGGAGGCGAGCCGUCGAACCGGGGACGGGGAGUUAACGGCGUUUAUCAUCUGAUGACGAACUCGGCAUCACCCUUUGCAAGGGGUUGAUAGCGCAGCCGUGGUGAAAAGGCGAUAAUCCUUGAUUGAUCUGGAACUUGAACAAUACAAUGCAGGUGGUAAUAAAGAUAAUGUAUUAUUGUGAUUUUCUAUA